AUGAAUUUCUUUAGAUUACUUGGUGAUUUUUCACAUCUUGCAAGUGUUUUUAUUCUUCUUCAAAAAAUUCGUAAAUCGCGUUCAUGUUCUGGUAUUUCAUUUAAAUCACAAGUUUUGUUUUCAAUGGUUUAUUUUACUCGUUAUAUUGAUUUGUUCCUGAAUUAUAUAUCUUUUUAUAAUACGUGCAUGAAGAUAUUCUUUAUUUUAAGUCAAAACUAUAUUAUUUAUCUUAUGAAAGGUCCUUUUAAACCAACAAAUGACCCAAAUAUUGAUACAUUUAAAAUACAAUAUUUAAUCGGUGCUGCUGCUAUUUUAGCUUUAUUGUUUCCAGGCGUAUAUACACCUAUUGAAAUUUCAUGGUGUUUUAGCAUCUGGCUUGAAUCUGUUGCUAUUCUUCCACAAUUAUUAAUGUUACAACGGACUGGAGAGGCUGAAAAUUUAACAACACAUUAUUUGUUUUGUUUAGGGCUAUACAGAGCACUUUAUAUUCCGAAUUGGAUCUAUAGAUAUAUCGUAGAAGGUUUUUAUGAUGUAGUUGCCAUUAUCGCAGGUCUUAUUCAAACAGGACUAUACGCAGACUUUUUUUGGCUUUAUUAUACCAAAGUUCUUUAUGGGAAGAAAUUUGAAUUACCAGCUUGA